UGCGCACAAAAUACAACAAAACAAGCCAAGUCUGCAAGAAGAUGGCGUCGUCAAAACAGGAUCAAUAUGAUUAUUUGUACAAAAUCGUAUUGACCGGAGACUCAGGAGUGGGAAAGUCAUGUUUGCUUUCAAGAUUUACUAGAAACGAGUUUGAUUCAGAGUCUAAAUCGACGAUUGGGGUUGAAUUUGCUACUCGAAGCAUCCAACUUGACAAUAAAAUUGUUAAGGCCCAGGUGUGGGAUACCGCUGGUCAAGAACGGUACAGAGCAAUAACAAGUGCUUACUACAGGGGUGCUGUUGGGGCAAUGGUCACCUAUGACAUAGCUAAGUUACGUAGUUUUACCAAUAUCCAAAGAUGGUUAACAGAGCUUAGAGAACAUGCUGAUCCAAACAUUGUUGUGAUGCUGGUUGGGAAUAAAAGUGAUUUGAAACAUCUUAGAGCAGUGAAUAUCGAAGAUGCGCAAGAAUUCGCAACACAAAACGACAUGCUGUUUACGGAAACUUCAGCCCUAGAGGCAACAAAUGUUGAGGCUGCCUUCACAGAGACAAUUAAAAAGGUUCAUAAAAUUCAGUUAGAGAAGAUUCGUAACCAAGUUGGGGCUGCUGCAGAGACACCCAUUGUUGUUCAAAAUGUAGAAAAUAUGAAUAAAAGGCCCCCAGCACAAAAUAAUCCAUGUUGUAAUCAGUGAUUGUAUUUCAUUAGUUUUUUGUAUUUCCUAAUUAAUUUAUUUAUAAACUGAAUAUAGAAUAAUGAUUUGUAAUAGCAGCUAUUUGCAUAUAAACCUCUCAACAUUUAUAAAUAUGAGUAAGAACCUUUUUUACAACAGCCAUUUCAUUUUUUAAUUGUUUAAUGUUUUGUAAACCUGUACUUGGAUUUCAUUAACUGUACUAAGAUUACCCUUCUCCACUGAAAUUUUUUUAGUAUCA